AUGACACGUACUGGCACAAUCUCACCUGAUGACCGCAAAGUACAUGCUACACAAACUGUUUCAACAAUAUUUCAAUUCAGAGCGAUCGACUGGGGCAUGGAAAAUUGCGAAUUGCACGUCGCCCUUCCGCCUGUGGAACGACCAACUACACUUGCUUUAUACCGCCUCAAUGCCACUGUACCAGUUGAUAUUUCAACCUUAUCGUUUAACGUCCGACCGACACGGGUCGCGAAACUUGGUAACAUAGUGCCAGGGAAAGACAGCUUGGACUGGCACAGAAAACUUUCUUGUGCGAUGGACGACGUCCUUGUUUUUGAGUUAGCAUGUUCGGAGGACGAACCAAGCGGUAGCUGCGAUAUAGAAUGGUGGCAAGCUCACAAGGAGACUGCACCUGGUUAG